AAUGCUAUCAUCACCACAACCUCCUUCUACUACUCCUUCUAAAAUAACAACAUGCAAAUUUAAUAAACACAAUCCUCCCCACCCUAUCCUAGUCCGCGUCCUUGAUUUGUUUGGGGGAUAUAGAAGAUGUACAAUCAUAGGGCAGUGCAAGGGUGGAACAACGGUUACAUCUAAAGAUGUAACCGUAUUAGAAGGAACGCUAUCAAGAUACGAUAGACGCAAGACUAUCGCUAUCAAGAUACGAUAG